AGAAAGCCAUCGCAGAAGAUCAAAUAUAGAUGCUUUUCACGUCUCAGCUACUGAAAAUGAUCAGUUCUCUAAAGACUACAAGGUUGGUGGCUAAGAAAAGGAUGUCGACUACAUACAUCAUAAUGGCACCAAAUUCUGUUAAUCAGGCAACAGUUUUUAUUCAUUAUACACGCAAAGAGGCAUUAAUGCUUAGAUCCUUCCUGAUAUAUACCAUUUUCAUCUCAUUUCGAUUCAUUCUUAUGUACAGAUGCAAAAGGUCGUCAGUCGUCACACAUGUUUUCACUUGCAGACAUUGCCGACGACACCAAGUUCAUCUUCGAGCUUGGAAUUGAGAUACCGAAGACAUUCCAAAAAUGAAACUUUACUUUCGUCUGAUACGAAAACUCUCGUCUUGAAGCUUUGGUUUUUAACUCCACAAGUCGUCCAUUUGACAUUCGAGAAAAUGAUUAGUCAGCCGAUCAGAAACGCUCCAAAACGCAGCGCGGUGGAUAGAAUAGAAGAGAGCGUUUACGUUGUUUCCUUUUUUAAAAGAUUUUCAUUUAAGAUAAGACACCUAUAUUAAUUACGUUAAUACCCUUUAGUAAACUUAUUUAUACACACUCGACGUUUCGUUUCAUUCUAUUUUUUUCUGCAAAGUAAAAGUUUUGAAAUCCCGCUCUAAAUUUACAAUGGCGCCAAAGAGAGCAUCGCCGAUGCAGCCUUCUCUGUACCCUAUCGGUAAUUACGAGGUCGCAGUGGAUGGUAAGAAUUUCACCUGUGAAUCCGGACCCAAGAGCAUUCACAUCAAAUUUUCCAGAAACAACAGAGUGAAAAUCUCAGAGAAGGAUAAAACCGUUUCUGAUUAUCCGAAAGAAGACAUGUUUCUUCUUCUUAAUCCUCGGGAUGAAGAUGAGUUUACCAAAUCUCAUCUCCAAGAAGUGUUGAAGUUAUAUAGCCAAGAGUUACCUGACAUGAAAUAUGCUUCAAACACUGGGAAGCAAUCUGCAUUUCUCGAGAGAUGUGUUUUUAAAGGAAAGUACUGUUCUUUGGUUUUGAAGUCCACGCUUGGUGGAGGCUCAGAUGAGAUCUUAGCUGCAAUCUCAUAUCAAAUAGUCCCUGCUGAUACACAGUAUGCUGAGAUACCUCUUGCUGCUGUAACAUAUACACACCAGAAAAAGGGUUUUGGUAAACUCGUCUAUGAAGAAUUAAUGAAGAGACUUCAUAGUGUUGGCAUCCGAACUAUAUAUUGUUGGGCAGACAAAGAAUCUGAAGGAUUCUGGCUUAAACAGGAAUUUAUAAAAUUAGCGGAGGUAGACCACAAAGGAAAAGCAAGGGGGUUACACAUCAAGUCUAAUAUUCGAAAAGCCUUGUGUUUUCCGGGCGGUUCAACUCUCAUGCUUUCUCAUCUGAAAAAGGAAUCUUCUCUUAAUCCUGCAAACAUUGAGAGUCCCUCUUCAUGGAAAUAUCAGUGUGAAGGAUCUCCACUCUCAGCAAGAAAUAAUUGCACAGGUCCUGUGACUGGAGAUUCAGUUAAACUUGGAGAGAGCUUUGGUGAAAGCGUAUAUCUUGACUGUAUCUCUGGUAUCAGAAGUCCAAUGGACUCGAUCACAGGAAAGGAAAACAACAACGUGAUCUCUGAUCAAGCUACCACAGCUGACAGUGAGACCAAAUGUUCAACACCAGGCUUAAAGAGAUCUUGGGAAGCUUCAUUGUCCUCUCUACAAUCUAAAAGGAUUAGGGCAAACAACAAUAAUAACUCUGACAUAGCAAAAAUAGAUUUGGCUCAGAGCUCUGCAAAGCAAUCGAAAGACGAUAAUUCCUCCCAAGUAGAUAUAACCGAGGAUUCCCUGCCCACAAUCUGCAAAAGAAACGAUGUUGAACAAUGCAGAAUGGCGACUGGGAUAAACAUGGAAGCUCGUCCAAAUGGACAACACUAUAGAAUCUUGUUGAUGGACAUUUGUGAUGAAAACAAGAAAGCUUGUUUAACAGAGGUAAUAAGAAAACUUGGUGGUGCUGUGACCUUGGAUGGCACAAUGAGCACACAUAUUGUCACCGGAAAAGUCAGGAAAACUCUGAAUCUCUGCACUGCUCUUUGCUCUGGGGCUUGGAUAGUAUCACCAAGUUGGUUAAAAGAAAGUUGCCGAGAAGGAAGAUUUGCUAAUGAAGCUUCACACAUACUGCAGGACGAAGACUACCAGUUGAAAUAUGAUACUGAUCUAAAAAGCUCAGUGCUUAGAGCAAAAGCUAGACCAAACUCGUUGCUAAAAGGAUAUGACAUAUGCGUUGGACCUAACAUUGAGUUGCCUAUUAAAACUUCAUAUGCGGUCAUCAAAUCUGCUGGUGGAAAUAUGAUAAGUGGAGUGAAUAAGGUAAAGGUGGCUUCAAAAACGAUAUACAUAGGGUGCGAAGAAGACACAGUGGGGGCAUUAUUUGCAGCAAAGAAAGGAGUUUGGACAUUCAGCAGCGAAUGGUUAAUGAACUGUGUCAUGAAGCAACAACUUGAUCUUCAAGUUCCUCAGUUUGUUGAGUCCUUGUGAUGAUGAUUCGAACUCGAGACCUCUAUGAUCUUUAGCUUGGAAAAUUGCACUUAUCUUUUACUUUUGGGUUUUAUGAAAAUGUAGAAGACAUUGUCGGAGCUUGAAUGGAUAGGCUAAGAAGCUCAAGUCGCCGAUCUAUUUAUGUAUAAAAAUAAAAAUAUGUUACUUGAAGGUUGAUUUAAUUUACA